UUUGAGGGGAUCGAAGGGAGAAUUAUUGGGGGCUUCCUAAGAAUUUGUGAAGUUAUAUGAAAAGCUGUGAUUUAUGUGCUCCUUUGUUCAGUUUCCUUGGAUUUCGGUAUUGUGUGGAAAAAGUUGGUAGCUUUAUUGGAAUCUGGUCACAGAUGGUGUAAACUGUUGAAGGGUCUUGCUUGCUUGUAAGUUUUGGGGUUCUGGGUUGUGGGGGUACUGCAGUAAACGGUCUUAUUGCUGGGUUUCAGCUUCUGAUUCUGAUAGGCGCUAUUAUUGCUGCUCUUCCGGUUUUUGGAUCUGUAGAUUUUGCUUGCCCUUUAGAAUUGGUUCAUUGGAGUCUGGUUUUCCAAGCAAUUCAUGUGGAAGGUUUCAAAUUGGUUUCGAAGCUAUUCAUUUGGAGUUCAAGAUCACCAUUUUCUAACUUGUCCAAUAUCUUCUUGUUAUGGAUUCUCCGCAGUCGGUUGUGUCUCCAUUCAAGUCCUCUCUUACCGCUGAGCCCGAGAGGGAGAAGUCAGAUUUCUUCACCAGGACUACUAACUUGUCGAAGGGAAUUGAUGCUCCUAGAAAGGAAGCCAUGGUUAAUGGUCUGGAGGACUUCAUUGGUGUUCUUGAUGUUUAUAUCCAUCAAGCUAGGGACAUCCAUAACAUCUGCAUAUACCAGAAGCAAGAUGUUUAUGCCAAGCUGUGCCUAACUAGUGAUCCAGAAAAUGCGGUCUCCACAAAGAUCAUCAAUGGUGGUGGUAGGAAUCCGGUCUUCAAUGAUAAUAUUCGUCUGAAUGUGAAAACCGUUGACUCCUCCCUCAAAUGUGAGAUUUACAUGAUGAGCCGGGUGAGGAAUUACCUUGAAGACCAGCUGCUUGGUUUUGCUUUGGUGCCGUUAUCUGACGUGGUCAUCAAGGAUGGGAAAUUGGAGAAAGAAUUCUCUCUUUCCUCGACUGAUUUGUUCCACUCUCCAGCCGGUUUUGUUCAGCUGUCGCUUGCAUAUAAUGGGGCAUCACCAGAAAUAAUGGCAAUUCAUGCAUUGCCAAGAGCUGUGGGAAACAAUGAAACUAUGCAGGAUGCUGAGAUGCCAAAGUCGCUUGCUUGUGAAUUUGAGCAUAUUGAGUUCCCAGAUCUGAUGGUUGUGAAUGAAAACCAGAUGAUGGUUUCUGAGUAUUUUGGGAUCCAUUGUACAAAUUUGGACUCAGAGGGCUCUGAGAGUCUGGUCACUUCUGAUGGUGAGAAUCAUCUUAGUUCAGAAUCCGGUGCUCAUGUGCUCGAAAGCUUUUCAGCUGCUUCUAACGACUCGAUCCAGGCUCCAAAGCUUGAUUCUCCCCCAAGCAGUGUGUCAACUAAUGGGGUUUCUUCUCCUUCUGCUGCGGCAAGCUCCGAGUCUUCAGAUACUCCAGCGGCUUCGAAAUCCCCAACUAAGGAGCAUGUUUCAGGUUCAAAAGAGAAAACAAUGGAUGCUGGAGAUGUUGAGAGUAAUUCCUCUAAUGGGGUGGCAAAAGAGAAAAUUCCAAAGCCUGUUAUUACUUUCAAUAUUGAGCCUGAACAGAAUGUGGUGCAGCAAGACAUAGUCGACAUGUACAUGAAAAGCAUGCAACAAUUUACUGAGUCAUUGGCCAAGAUGAAACUUCCUUUGGACAUUGACAGUGGACCAGCUAGUUCGGGGGAUUCAAGCUCUGAUCAGAAAUCACAGGGAUCAAAAACUCCUGGUUCUCGCGUGUUUUAUGGGAGUAGGGCUUUCUUCUGAUGUUUCGAUCACUGGUUUAAGAGGAAGACACCCAGGUGACUUUAGAUUGUAGAUCUUGACUAAUGCUAAUAAUGUAUUAUCAUGCAAUGUGGUUCUUUGUUUACAUGUUGAGAAUGUUUAGAUGGGGGGGGGGGGGGGGGAGGGAAAA